GGCUGGGCCGGGCCGGGCCAGGAGCUACCGGCGGAGAGCAGCCCCGGGGAGGGAGCGGCUGGCAGCGGGAUUCCCUGCAGGACACCGUUUCGGCUUCGGGAACGGGGUAUUCUGUGUUAACAAUUACAAGCAGAUACACAGCAAUGCAAGCACAUACGCCUGCACCAGCACCUGGAUUUUACAACGCUAACAUUGCACCAGGAAAUCAAAUCCCCUAUGGCUACUCACAGCAGGGACCUGGGACUUAUCAAGGUUUCUCAGAUGUGGGUAGCUAUGGUUUCCAGCCACAGGCCAUGGAUGGCCCAGCUGGAUAUGCUGUUCCACCCAUCCAGAACCAGCCCAUCAUGAAUGAAAGGACAAUCUGGAUGCCUGUCCCUCCUUCUCUUCCCAACUGCCCUCCCGGACUGGAAUACCUCACUCAGAUUGACCAGAUAUUAAUUCAUCAGCAAACUGAACUUCUUGAGAUUUUGAGUGGCUUUGUAGCAAACAACAAAUACGAAAUCAAGAAUGUGCUGGGGCAAAGGGUGUACUUUGCAGUAGAGGAAAAUGACUGCUGUACCAGGAAUUGCUUUGGGCCAUCACGAGCCUUCACCAUCCGGAUUAUAGACAACCUGGGCCAUGAGGUGAUAACCCUGCAGAGACCCUGCCGCUGCUCCUUAUGCUGCUUUCCCUGCUGCCUACAGGAGCUGGAAGUCCAGGCACCUCCAGGAACAACAGUUGGUUACGUUGUCCAGAACUGGCAUAUCUGUCUGCCAAAGUUUACCAUUCAAGAUGAGAACAGAAAGGAUAUACUGAAAAUUAUUGGCCCAUGUGUUGUCUGCCGCUGUUGUGAGGACGUUCAUUUUGAGGUGAAGUCUUUGGAUGAGACUGCUACUAUUGGGAGGAUUUCUAAGCAGUGGACUGGGCUUGUGAAAGAAGUCUUUACAGGUGCAGAUAACUUUGGAAUCGCAUUCCCAAUGGACCUUGAUGUAAAAAUGAAAGCUGUCCUGCUCGGUGCUUGCUUCCUUAUCGACUUCAUGUUUUUUGAACAUGCUGGUGAGUAAGAAUUUGGCAAUGAAAUCUGUAACAUUUAAUAUAGAAGAGGAACAUAGAUCUCCCAACACACCACCGGAUUGUGGAGCUACAGUAAGAAUGUGAGAAAUGUACAUUUUGUACUUGCAGUUAUAUUUCUAUAAACUAAAAGUUUUAUGUUUUUGUGGUUUUGUUUUGUAAUCUGAUGAAAUAAUUUGUUCUGUUCCAAUAAGAAGCCUUUUCCUGUACAGAUCAAUACUGUAACUUACAGAAAUAUAUAGCAACAUUUUGGAAUUAUAAAUAUACAGAAAUAUAAAAUGAUUACUUACAAUUACAUUUAUUCCUAAAAAAGAUAAUACUUUCUAUAUGCAUUAUUAAUAGAAGCUGUGGGCCUAAUAAAGGUGUCCUCAUCUUUUCCUGUGUAUCCUUUGGUAGUUUUGCCUUGGUGUUCACAUUCUGCUGUUUUCAACUUAUAAAAUAACAAAGUAAGAUAAAGAACUAUCAGAAAUCCCUGAAAAAUUGUAUUAAUCUAUUGACAAAUCUGGUGUCAAACCUGGCUCCCUUAGCAUAACUUGGUUUUAUAACUUCAGUUGUUUUGAAACUUAAGACUUUGAUUUUCACCCACAGUUAUUUUAGAGGAGACAGGAAAUACAAAUACCUGUGGUUGCUCCUGUUUAAUAAUCCAUUAGUAAUUUCUUGGUGCAUGAGUGUGUGCUUUCCUGAGGCAAGGAAAAGCUGGUUACUUAAUUUUAAGUUUCUCCAGUCCUCUUUCCCCAUCAUUUAGUCCGUUGUUUUCACAGAUUUUAGGUCUGCAUGAGUGAGGGUGCUGGAAUAACAGAAGAGUUUAAUUUCAAAAGCAGACACAUGAAACAGCAAGUCUAUUUCAUAGAAUUUAUAGCUUUAUUUAAAUGUGUAAGAAAGGGAUAAAUUUGCAGGGGUUUCACUGCAGCUUCACACAAGUACGUGCACAUGGUGGUUCUUGGGAUCCAGCUAUGGGUAAAGGUCCUUGCCAGUAUUUUCAGUUGAAUUCUAAUUCUGCUACAAGUUCCUUUUGUUCAGUAUUUUUGAUUUAUGCAUUGCUCCUGGCCAGUACCAAACAGAGAAAGAUAAGUGAACUCUUCCUACUGUGUACCUGAAAUCUCUUUGUUGUCAUAAGAACUGAUCAAACUUGUGACAACAAUCUUAUACUAUUCUGAAAGUCUUAAAAAUUGUAUAUGAUGCCUUAUUGAAGUUAGCUUAUGCUGCUAGGGAAAAAAUUCUUUGAAUAUGGUGUCUUCUGUAAUAAGGAUUGCAAGAGGUGCAUUUGUGACUCAGCAAUAUUAGGAAAUUUAAUUACUGCAAUUUUGAAAAUAUUCUGUUCUUUAUUGAUCAGCUUAUUAAUGAGAUACAGAAAACUCAGUCUUUCUAAAAUCUGCUAAAAGUUUUUGAUUGCUUCAGAAGCUACACAUAUAGAACCAAAGUAACAAACCCAGUACCAGACCUGUCCUGCAGGGAUUCAUAUGGCUCAGCCCAUCAGUAUUAUUUUUCCUCAAGGGGUGACACAUGGGUUGACUUCUGAAAUCCCAAGCUCAAGCAUGUUUAGUAGCUGCACUUUCAACAGAGAGCAGACUUACUGAAAUAUUCCAUGAACAUGUUUUUAGAGUUAUUUGAAAAUACCAGUUUAAUUCCAUGGCAGAUCCUGCAUAGAAUUUAAAUUUACUUUUUGCUUUAGAGUGAAGGGGUUUUGUGGCUAUUUAAGGAAUAGAUGGAAUAUUAUUACCCAAGAAGGCAAAAACAGUGAUACCUUUGCCUGUACUAAAAAAGCAUCUUGCACCACAAAUUCAUCCCUUGAUAAUAAAUGGUGGAAUGUAUGCAAAUUAAAGUAAGGAAUUAGGACCUUGGCCUAAGGGGACAUAACCUGGUGAUUUUAUUUAUAUUACUCUAAAUAAUUUAAAAAUUGUUAAAAUGUUGUGCUUAGGUAUUCACCAUAAGCCCUGGAAGCACUGUUGCCCCAACAAUCUUGAAUGCAAAGUUAUACAGAAAAAUUCGCAGGUAUCUCUGUAGAGCAGAGAGGGAAGAAUCGGAGGAUGCAAACA